UCCCUCGAUUCUCUCUUUCAACUGGCGUAAUGGCUGCCGACAGCAUGCAAGCAGCGACAGCGGCCCUCGUUUUUCAGUAUUUGAGCGGCGUCGACAAGGCGCUCGCCAACCAGUUCCAGAAAAAACGAAGCGCCAAGCCUCUGCCCAAAGGAGUUGCGCAGCUCGACAAGGUGGUGAGCUCGUACUUCGAAGGGCAGCCUCAACAGCGCAAGCUACUACUGCAACAGGCGCCAUGUGCUGCUGCCGGCACUGCGUCAAAGCACGACGUGUCUUCCUCUGAGGAUUCUUCUAGCGAGGAAGAGGCCAAGCCAGCAAAGCCGGUCAACUCGGCAACACCUAAAGGAAACAUGAACGCUAAGGUAAACGCCAAAACGCCCGCCUCGACUCAGAAGCCUAAGCCCAGUGCACCGGCUCACAGCGAGGACUCGGAUUCGGACUCCGAUUCCUCCGAAGACGCAGCACCGAAGGGCAAGACAACACCCGCUGCCACACCGAAACAGGGAGCUGUUCAAUCGAAGGCCCCUGGCAAGCGAGCCAAACCCGAGACCGACUCCUCCGACAGCUCAGACUCCGAAGCCGCUGCACCGCCAAGUAAGAAGCCCGCCGUUACGACACCCGUGCUCAAGGCGGCCCCCAAGAAGCCCCAGCAAUCGAAGAAGGAUGAGGACAGUUCGAGCAGCUCGGACGAUGACGACGAUCCCAGAAACAAGGCUGCGCUGAAAAAGCCAGCUACGCCGCAGGCCAAGCCGGCGGCAUCGAAGAAACCGGCUUCGGCGCAGAAAAAGCAACAGGACAGUUCUUCCGACGACUCUUCUUCAGACGACGACGAAGCGUCGAAGCCGCCUCCCGCCAAAAAGCAAGCAACCGCGAAGGCGACGCCAAAGGCGGCCCAGAAUGCUGCGUCGUCAGCGAAAAAGGUUGUUGCCAAGCGGGACGAAUCUUCAAGCUCCGACAGUUCAGACGAGUCUGAGCCGCAGAAGAAGCCGUCGGUGACACCGAAGAGCGCCGCCGCUACAGCUGCCGGCAAGACCGUCACACCGAAAGCAACGCCAGCCAAACCCCAGAAGGAUGACAGCGACUCGUCUUCAGAAAGCGAGGACAAUGAGCCUCCCAAGAAAGUCGCCAAGCCCGCUGGCGCCAAGAACCAGAAGACUCUGCUGAAGGUGUCGAUUGGUACCCGCCAAGAAGACUCCGCAGGCUAAAAAGAAGAAUCGAGCGACAGCUCCUCCUCUGAAGACGAAGCACCGCCACCGAAGGCAACCCCCGGCAAACAGCCGGCUGCGAAGCAGAUGCAAGGGAAGAAGCUUGCUGCCAAGGACAGUUCCAGUUCAGAGAGCGACUCCGAAGAUGACAAGCCAGCGAAAACGGUAGCAGCUAAGGGCAAGCAGUUGUUGACCAAGCCAUCGCCAAAGCCGGCACAUGCCAAAAAAGACAGUUCAGAUUCUGACAGCGACUCUGAGGAAGAACCGAAACCAGCACCCGCCAAGGCAGCCACGAAACCAGUGCCAGCAAAGAAGCCAGCGCAGGCAAAGAAGGAGAGCUCAUCAGACUCUGACAGCGACUCCGAGGAAGAGUCAAAGCCGGUGCCUCCCAAGGUGGCUGCAAAGCCAACACCGGCCAAGAAGCCAGCUCAAACAAAGAAGGACAGCUCUUCAGACUCCGACAGUGACUCUGAGGAUGACAAAAAGCCAGCACCCCCCAAACCUGCUGCGGCUAAGUCGAGUCCCAUAAAGAAGCCGACUCCUGCAAAGAAACAGGCGGAGUCUUCUUCCGACAGCAGUGAUGAGGAAGAAGCACCCAAAAAGCCUCAGGGCAAGAGUCCCGCCGCGACAGCGAAACCAUCGAAAACAACUCCUGGAAAAGGAAUGCCAGUUGCCGCUAAGCCUCAGCAAGAUUCCUCUUCGUCUGACAGCGACGAUGACGACAACCGAUGGCCAGCGAAAAAGCCAGCUGUGACGCCAAAGAACACUCCAGCUUCAACACCCAAGGCAACACCCGUGUCACAGAAGAAGCCUCAGAAGAAACAAGAAUCUUCCUCAUCAGAAGACAGCGAUGAAGAAGCGCCUUCAAAAACCUCGUCCGCGAAACAGCCGAAGAUUACUCCGAAGAAGCCUGCUGCGAAGGAGUCUUCGUCCUCGUCGGAAGACAGCGAAGACGAGCAGCCAGCACCCAAGAAGGCCGGGAAGCCUGCGCAAGUCAAGGCGUCGACGCCAAAGGUAGUCCAGAACAAUGCGGAAGACUCGAGCGAGGACGAAAGCGAGGAAGAGUCGAGCAAAGGCAAGAAGAGCGCACAGAGCACGCCGAUGCUUAACGGCACUGGCAAGCCUGGUUCCCCCGACAAAGGAAGAAAGAGCUCACCAUUUCGGAGAGUAAAAGCCGACAAAGUGCACAUCGACCCCAAGCUGCGCGACAACUCCUUCGAAGCCAAGGCCGGCGCUCGGGGAUCAUGGGGAGAGAAGGCCUACAGCGUAUUGAAAAACGUCAAGGGCAAAGACUUCAGGCACGAGAAGACGAAGAAGAAGCGAGGAACGUACUCGGGCGGAAGCAUCGACACUGGCGUCAACUCGAUACGCUUUGACGAGUGAAGAUCUGCAGCACAGCUCUUCGGCGGUUGUACAGGGCAAGUAAUUUGUCACACUGUUUUUAAUAUCUCCCCGGGUCGGCAUUCUUCUCAACAGUGCGCGGCUAUGGAUUGACUAGGCGCACUUGGAAGAUUGGCACUGGGACUGCCUGCAGUCUUUUUGUUUCCAUACCAUUGCUUAUGGAUGUAUGCACAUCACAUAACGUUGUCAUUAAAGGGUUGUUUCAGGCGGUCA